AUUCACGAGAACCACACACAUAUGACUCGACUUUGCCUCCUACCGCGGCCUUUGCACUAUGGAGUAUAAGCAGCAGCUCCCAGAGCCCGCGACUACCCGCGUUCGCAUCAAACCCCGCAUCAUUAUACACGGCGGCGCGGGCAACAUCCGGCGGAAAGGGUACCCGCCGGGCAAGUACGAAGAGUACCGCCACGCGCUGCUCACGAUUGUGCGAAACACAGAUGCCUUCAUGAACGGCGACGCUGGCCGUGACACGUCGGAGGAGAAGAAGAGGUUGAUGCACCAACAGCGGCAGCAGCACGGCCCGACGGCGCUCGACAUCGCGACGCAUGCCGUCGUGCAGCUCGAGGACUGCCCGCUCUUCAAUGCGGGCCACGGCGCCGUCUUCACACGCGACGGCAUCAACCAGCUCGAGGCCUCCGUCAUGGUCUCCCGCGGACGUGCAAAGCGCGGCGUCGGCGUCUCGGGCCUGCGCCGCGUCCGCAACCCGAUCCUCCUGGCGAAGGCGAUGCUCGAGCGCGGGGACGCGGACCUAGGCGGCGCCGGCGCCGGCCGGCCAUCAUCAUUUCUCCCAGGAAGGGACGCUUCUGGUGAAGAAAGGCGGCGGCUCGAGGGAGAAGCGCACAGGACCGAUGAGGAGGAGCAUGGCGAGCGCGGUGAUGAUGACGGCGGCGACGAUGAUGACGGCGAUGACGAUGAUGACUUGGAUGUACCGUCGGCGCAGGGCCACACCAUGUUGUGGGGUCGCGCGGCAGAGCAGCUCGCCCGCAAGUAUGGUCUCGACAUGGUCGACCCGAGCUACUACUUUACGCAGCAGCGGUGGGACGAGCACAUCCGGGCCCUCGAGCGAGAGAAGCAGCAGCAGCAGCAGCAUCGCGGCUCCUCCGCCUAUUGCUCCCAGACGACGGCGAUGGUGACGGCGACUUGGUCCGCCGACGAGUACCUCCCGCAGGGCACGUGCGGCGCCGUCGCUCUCGACGACCGGGGCGUCAUCUGCGCGGCGACGAGCACCGGCGGCAUGACCAACAAGCUCACGGGCCGAAUCGGCGACACGCCCGUCCCCGGCGCGGGCUUCUGGGCGGAGGAGUGGGAGGAGGAGGUGACCAGCGGCAGCAGCAAGUCCAUGUGGGAUCGGGCAGCCGACGCGGUCGCCAACACUACCGCAGGCAUCACCCUUGCCGGCCCGCUCAAGGGCCUCCUCGCCGACUGCCUCCCCACGCCAUUCCUCUACACGCCCGUGCCGCCGGUCGUCCCCUUCACACACAACGACUACGACGAUGGUGCCCACAGUCCCCAUCGCCGCAACGACUACAGCAACGACAACAGCAACAACAACAGCAACAUCGUGGCGACGCGCUCGACGGGCCUCUCCGGCACCGGCAACGGCGACUCCUUCCUGCGCAUCGCCGCCGCCCACACCGUCGCCUGCCUCGCGCGCCUGCGGCCCCUCCCCGCGUCCCGCGCGCUCGCCGCCGUGGCCGGCCCGGGCGGGGACCUGCAGCGCAGCGCGGGCACGCGCUGGGGCCGCGGCGCCGGCGAGGGCGAGGGCGGCAUCAUCGGCGUCGAGUGCGCGCUGUGCCGCGACGCAACCACAGGGGAGCUGCUCGCCGCGCGCAGCGAGGUCGUCAUGGGGUACAACUGCGGGGGCAUGUACCGCGCAUGGAUCGACGACCGGGGCGAGGCCGUCAUGAGCGUCUGGACGGACGGCGCGCCGGACGAGGACUGGCCGUAGGACAAGCUUCGUGUCGGCUUGACCCUGCCUGGGUCGUGACGUGAAAAGCGUCAGGGAUGAAGGCGCUGCACAUGAGUGUGUAGAUUUUGAGCUAGUAGAGGCCUCGCCAGAUAAGACGCAAGAGAAGCGAU